AUGUAUCUUGCCAUGUGUUUCUGUUGGGGGAUUUUUACGACAUUCCUGAGUUCCUUUUCUUUUUUUUUUGUGUGUGUGUUUUUUCUUUUGUCUUUGAGACGGGGAAAAAAGGGGGGUGGGUGGGUGGGGAAAGAGAAAGAAAUACACCACAAACGAGACACGUGUGGCUUUAGGCUGGCUGACACGCACGUCUGUAUACAUCUGAAAGAAAGAGAAAAAAAAAAAAGGAAUAGAGCCCCACACCCAACGGGGGCAACGGAAAUAAACUCCUUUUUUUUUCCCCCUCUCUCUCUGUGCGUGCUUGUGUUUGUCAGUUUGUGUGGGAUGAGUGUCCACAGUGGUUUUUCUGGGGCGAGUCGCGUUGGUACCACGUAUCACAGUAUAAAGGGCUACUCUGGUGCCGGAACACCUGGAAACCCACUCGUUGACGGCAAAAAGACAGAUGAUCCUUAUGUGGCCGAAUUACAAGACCUGCAAGCCAUCUUGCGUAAUCCUUCACUGCGUGUGGAGAGCGAUGGGUCAGCGGUGUAUGAUCCAAACUACCUGCCAAAGAACAAGAAAAUUAUUUCCAUGGCCCCAUAUGACAGUAGCGGAGAGUAUGAUCCAGUAGAGCCAAUAUUUUGGCUUACAUGUGCAUGUGUGGUGGGAUUAGGUGCCUUUAUAGCCUUUUUGAUUCUGUCCCUGUUGCUGCUGGAACUUGACGUCAUGCGGGGCACGAUAAUUUAUGUUGCGGCUGGAAGUUGUGCCGGAUUUUUAUUUAUUACCAUGUUCCUCUUUUACGCCUUCUCCUCGAAGGACGAGCGCUGGUUUGGGCGCUUGGUUGAUGGAUUUAUUGGCGCCGCCCCGUUUAUUGUACUGGGGGCACUGAUCGGUUACACCUACAGCGGACUGAUCCUCAUGAUGGUGCAGAUUGUCAACGACGACCGAGAGUCGGUUCAAAUAUCGUGGUGGUUUGCCAUUUUUUCCUCCGUUCCACCGUUCCUGCUCUUAUUUAUGCCAAUGUUUGUGGCUGCGAUGCAGGUGCAGGAGGCGUCGGCAAUUAGCGCACGCAUCUUCAGGGGCAUCCCCUCGCAGCCACCGGGUUACAUCCCGCGCACAAACAACAGUGGGCAGUACCUCUUCUCAGCCACGCGUCGCUUCAUUGUUGGCUUUGCGAUGGGUGUCGGCCUUGCCGCGUAUUACGCCAUCACAUGUUUUGCUCUUGGGAUGGCCGCCUACGGCCUCUACUGCUCCACGGAACUGUACUUUUGGAUUCCUAUUGCUGUCGUCGUGCCCGUCUUUCUGCUGAUCAUAAUUUUGGUUGCAUUGCUCCUGUACUUCUCGCCGUUUACGCUGCGAUGUGUUUUUGCGCCGUGGACGGAACCUCUUUUGGCGUGGUCGCCUGUGGCCCUGCGCUCUGCGUACUUCCCGCGGUACCACACAGGCGUCACGGUGAAGCAGAUGAUACGUCAGACAAACAACACAACGCGAAAGGCGGGGAGACAUCACGUGCGAGGGGAUUGCGCCCGCGCAGAGGAGUUGUACGAGGAUGCAGACGCCCAACGCGCGGAGAUUGAGCGGCGCGGCAUUAAGCUGCGGGAGCGUGAAUGUCGCGGUUGGCGCAAACUGCAAAGACGGCGGCGGUCCAACAUGAUACGCAAAGACUUGGAGAAGAAGUAG